AUGAGAGAAUUUAAUCCACAUAAACGAAGAACAGGAAGCAUAUAGAGCAAUGAACCAGAUCUCUUAUUUCAUGUUAAUCUCAAAAGCAGAAGAAAAAGCUGUACAUGCACUUAAUGUGGAAAAGAAAGUGAAUAUUAAAUAAGGUUUCAUGAUGUUCAGAUUUUAUAAUGGGCAUCCACAUCCAAUAACAAUGAAUCUGAUAAUUCAACACAACAGGAAAUUAAAAGACUUGAACAUUUAGAAAGCAGAUUAAAAACCUGUCAAGAAGAUUUUGAAAAGUUUCAUCUGACAUCCAAAAAAAGAAGGAAAAGCUGCCAUUGUUCUGAAUGUGGGAAUUUGACACAAUUUGAAGUAAGAAACCAAAAUAUACCACUAUUCAAACCUAUCUCUAUUAAAAAUUGUAAAAAUUCACGAAAAGUCCAUUAAUUAAUAUCGAACAUUAACAUGUAAACAAAGAGUCAAUUUUUUAGGAAUUUUAAAUAAUAAAAUCAUGGAUUAAUGUAUUAGCUUAGUAAUUAAACCUCAAAAACAACUACCAGAUUACUCAAACAAUCCAAACUAAAAUUACCUAAUUUUGAAUCCAGACUAUCUUUAACUCCUAAAUUAGCAAAUUCACCUUUGAGUGAACAAUCCUCGCCAUAAUAGCCUAAAAUGAACUCCUUUGAUUACACCCUAAAUGCUGUUUACCUCAAUCCUUAUUUGGGAUCUUCUAAAAAGUUUCUUUCCCCUCCUCGAAAUUUUGCUCCAAAGUUACCUUCCAUUACUUAGAAAAUAAAAGAUGAACAAAUGUAUUAGAGAAAAUCUUUAAUGCGAAAACGUGAUUGA